AUGGCUGACCAGUUGCAACAGAUCUUGGUGGCUGCCGUUGCCCAAACCCUGCAUGACGCCGGCAUUCUCGCUGCCCUCUGGGGCGAGCACGCUUUGCAUGUGUUCGGAACCGGAGAUCGUCCAUAUGCAAUCCGAUUCAUUAUCGAAGACGACGAAAUGGAGAAGGCAUACCAAACCCUCGGGGGCCACCCUCCUCCCGCAGAACACUUGUAUCCCCCGUCUCAUAUUGGCCAGCUGAAGGGCUCAACAGUUAACCUGCACAAAAAGUCUGACUUUCUCUGGUUCUUUCCCAGAUUCGAACUUGGCCCCGUUGAAGGAGAUAGCUCCUUCUUCACGACAGCGUCUGAGGUCGCUCGGAAUUCUAAUGUGAAGGUCGACGACAGCAACAAACAUCUUUUUGGGAAAGUCAUUGUUGCUAAACCCAUGAAAUUUGCCGAAGCUCUUAUUUACCUCAGCUGUCGCGACGCCGAGUUCCCGGGGGCCAAGAGCCUGUGGACUUACUGGUUGUCAUGCUUACGGGGAGAAAUGAGCCAGGGAGACCCAUCUGGUUUGCCCGAGUGUAUGUGGCCAGCGUGGGAAUGGGCAGUUAGCAAUCAAAUGAGGCAUGGUCCAUGGUUUGAAGGCCUGGAGGAGUGUGCUGAAAAGCUCGAGGAGAUUGGAAUGCUUCCCAAGCAGCCACCCACCAUUCGAGAUACUUUACCUUUGCUCAACGUCUUCGCGCGCCAUUGA